AUGAGUAAUGGCGGUGAUUGGUAUCAAAAUGCUGUCGUCAGGCAUGAACUUAAAAAUAUACCUUAUGAGAGUUUUAAAAAAACUGGGAGGUUAGGUAGAGGUGGUUUUGGUGAUAUAUAUUCUGCUACUUGUAAAUCAAUUCCAACGAUUCCAGAAGUGAUAGCAUUAAAGGGAGUAUCCUUUGAGGAAGAAGAUAAUGAAAUGAAUGAUAUUCUUGAUCGGUUGAAAUCAACAAGUCUUAUUCCAGUUUUUGAAGAUUCGAUAAUUCCCGAAUCAGAAGCACCAUCUGAUCUAUAUUUACCAAAUAUCGAUCACGAUUUUGCAUCACUUUCAAUCAUUAGGGAUCCAGAUAUUUCAACAAAUGCUACUGAUCAACAUGCUUUGUCAUCUGUCAGCCCAAAAAAUAAUUCAGGAACUACAUUUAAGCCAAUAAAAAUUUCAUUAAAAAAUUUAGAUGAAUUGUGGGAUUUUUUUGAAAAACUUUUGCACAUCCACUCUGAUGAUUCUGUAAUUAAGCUUUUGAUUCUUCAAUAUUUAGAAACACACAAAAUUCAUGAAACUGAAAUUUUUAAUCUCCUUUAUGAUAAUCAGACAAAUGCUAACAAUAAUUGUUUACUCGGAUUUUUUUAUUAUGUUGGAAUUGGAACAAAUCAAAACUAUGAUGAAGCAUUUCGAUCAUUUAUUAAUGCUACGCAGGGCAAUAACUGGAUUGCUCAAUCCUACACAGGUUAG